AUGAGUGCUUCUAAUGUUUAUCAUGUUGACUAAAACGUAAUAUUUGUGCUGAAAGAUAGUUCAUCAAAUGAUAAAUAGAAACAAUAAAUCCGCAAAAUCAACAAGGAAAAGUUAAAAAUAAUCUUGCAAAUUAGCGGAUGCAAAGCAGCUCAUUCAUAUUCUCUUUGUGAGAAGAUCUUUGAAAUGAUAUUCAGUAAAUUGUUGGAAAAUUUUGAUAAACAAAAGAACCAUCAACCAUUAAAUGGAUAAUCUAAUAAACAAGUAAACUCAGCCACAAUAACUGAAAAACACUUCAAAGAAUUAGUAUUCAACUCUGUAUUUGAGAAAAAAUAUAUCCGAGAAAAAGAAGACCUUUAUAAGGAAGAUUUUUAAAUUGCAUGGAGUUUGACAGAAAAAAAGCAGCCACUUAUCAUCCUAUUUGGUGGUACAUCAGGUACUGGUAAAAGCACAGCCAGCAGUAUAUUAGCAUCAAGGUUUGGGAUUUCCACAGUCCUGAGCACUGAUUCCAUAAGACAUAUAAUGAGAAAUUUCUUGUCGAAAGAAGAAAACCCUGUAUUGUUUGCAAGUACUUAUGAGGCUGGUAAGACAUUGCCUGAUCUGAAUAUCAGUGAUCAAAGGAGAAUAAUCAAAGGAUACAAGGCUUAAUGUGAAUUAGUUUAAUAGAGAUUAGAACAUGUAAUUAAUACUUUUGAUGAAAAAAUGGAUUCUAUCAUCAUUGAAGGAGUACAUCUGACCCCUAUUUUUAUGAUGAAGAUUAUGAAAAAGUACAAGAGAGUUUUACCAUUUGCAAUAUGCAUUAAGAAAGAAUCAAAACAUAAGGAGAGAUUUGCAGUGAGAUCAAAAUAUAUGACUCUGGAUUCCAGACAUAAUAAAUAUGUUGAGAAUUUUCAAAAUAUUAGAUUGAUUCAAAAAUGGUUUUUAGAAAAGGCAGAUGAAUUCCUAAUUCCUAAAGUAGACAAUGUCAAUAUUGAUAAAAGUAUAGAUACCAUACAUAGAACUAUUAUCUAAUAUAUGAAACAUAUAUCAGAUGAUCAAUCUGUUACAGAACUUAAAAAUGCAUUGCCCAUCUAUGAAGAAUUCAAUAAGGUGAUAAGUGAUGCAUGGAGUUCAAAGGAAGUAAAGGAUUAUAUCCCAUGGUUAAGUGAAUAAAACUGA